CGGAAGUGGCUCCACGGAGAGGCAGGAAGUCCCACCUUUUCCUCCCAAAGGGAAGACGGUGAGCCGGAGGAGUCAGUCAGAGGGGCGAGCAGGAGCGAUUCCGUCGGCAAACAGGUUAUGAGUGCUGAGUGAGCCACCUUUGACACGAGAAACAUCAUCAGCACUUUAUUAUUAGUGAUGGAUACUGAGAAUAAACCUGAGAAUGAUGAGGAUGAAAAUAUAAACAAAGCAGCCAAAGACUUGAGAACUAUUUCACAGGCCCAUAAUGAAAAUUGUGAGCCUGUAUCUGAUGUGAUAGCACAUCCCUCAGAGAAUUCCACUAGCAAAAGAGGUUUUUCAGAAUCAUCCAACUUUGACAGUGUUGUAGAGGAAAACACAGAUAAACAUGCUUCCAAACGAAUUAAAUUAGAUGAAGCAGAGCCCCUUAAAUCUGGAGAGCAGGGCAUUCCUGGACUAGCACCUUCUGAGAGCUCGGUCACAGCAGUAGGGAACCUAUUGGAUGACACAGGGAAGGAGGCAUUCCUGAAUGACUGCUCAGGUGGAGGCACGCAUCCUCCUAAUACCUUCUCCCCUGCUUGCGGUUUUAGCACUAUUGAGGCUGUUUCUCUGAAAACAGACUCUGGAAACAAGUCUGCUCAAGAAAUGGUUUCCCUUGAUCUGGAAGGAGAAUCUCCUUUUCCCCUGAAGGAAAUUAGUGGUAGUCGUACCAUCGGAAACGUAGACACAGUUCUCAAGUGCUGCAUGUGUGGCCAUUUGUUUUCUUCUUGCUGUGAUUUGGAAAAACAUGCUGAGGGUCACGUGCAACAGUCUGAGGAAUGUACCUGCUGCCCCUGCAGCCACAGAGCAGAGAGCAGCUCAGCUCUACCUGUGCACGUCCAACAGACACAUGGGCCACAGAAGGUCUUUUCUUGUGAUCUUUGUGGCUUUCAGUGUGUGGAAGAAAACCUGUUGAAUGCACAUUAUCUUGGCAAAACACAUCUCCGGCGUCAGAAUCUUGCUGCUCGUGGAGGAUUUGUACAGAUCUUAACAAAACAACCUUUUCCUAAAAAACCAUGUACUAUAGGAACAAAAAAUGUUGGAGCAAAACCAAGAGCUUCUAAACCGAUAGCAAAGAAUAGUGAUUCAAAAGGAUUACGAAAUAUUGGGAGCAAAUUUAAAGAUUUCGGAGGAAGCAUUUCUAAACAAAGUGGUAGUAGCAAUGAGCUUCUUGUUGAAAUGAUGCCAUCCCGGAAUACUUCAUCAGAAAAACUAGAGAUUGUUGAAGAAAAUGUUACUUCCCUAGGUAUUGCUCAAAAUCCUGAAAACCAGAGUAAAAAGCUAGCAGCCUUAGUAACCACAGAGGGUCUCUUAGAUAAAUUAGAAUCUACCAAAAAUGCCCUACAGACAACACACACUACCAGUAUCGCGCUGAGACCAAGACCUGAGCGAAAUAUUCUAAUGUUGGGUAAUAGUUUUCGACGACGAAGUGGUACUUUCACCUUAAAGGGCCAGGCAAAGAAAAGGUUUAAUCUUUUAGGAAUUAAUAAAAGAGUCACAAAUGAAACUCAGAGGAUGUAUACAAAACACUUGAGAAUGCAGAUGAAAACCAGCAAUGCAGAGUCAACUCCUAAACGUGUAGAAAUGAGCAGCAAUGUCCAGAGUCUAUGUUCGACUACCUCAGAAACCCAGGAACCAAAGCAGGACAAGAGAAACUCCCAUCUCCUGGGCUCCAUGCAGCUGGACUCCCUGGCAAUGAAGCCAGCUUCUGACCAUCAGAUGUUGUGUACUUGUACAGAUUGUGGUCAAAUAGCUACAAAUAGGACGGAUUUGGAAAUCCAUGUGAAAAGGUGCCAUGCAAGAGAGAUGAAAUUUUACUGCCAGACUUGUGACUUUUCUAGUAUGUCAAGGAGGGACGUAGAUGAACAUUUACACAAUAACCAGCAUCAGCAACCUGCUUCUGUCCUUAGUUGUCAGUGUUGUUCAUUUAUUUCCUUGAGUGGAAUAAAUCUUAGAGACCACAUGAAGGAAAAGCACAGCAUGGAUUUUCUUUGCAUCCCUUGUAAUCUGUUUUUCUUGUCUGAGAAAGACAUGGAAAAACACAAAACAACCGAGAAGCAUGUUAGUUUAUUGUCUCAACCAAAGACUUCUCAGUCAUUUAACAGUGAUUUGGUUUUACAGACUUUACCUUUAAGUACUUUAGAAUCAGAAAACACAAACAAUUCUGUGAAUGAGUCAGGCAGAACAGCCCAGGAAGGACCUGUUAAGUCCAGGGUAAGCCAUGGAAGUGAAGUAAGGCAUUCAAGUAAGCCUCAGUUUCAGUGCAAGAAGUGUUUUUAUAAAACAAGAUCUUCCACUGUUCUCACAAGACAUAUAAAGCUUCGGCAUGGUCAAGACUAUCACUUUCUUUGUAAAGCAUGUAAUCUCUAUUCAUUGAGCAAAGAAGGAAUGGAGAAGCAUAUUAAGAGAAGCAAACAUCUUGAAAAUGCUAAGAAAAAUAAUAUUGGCCUAAGCUUUGAAGAAUGUAUCGAGAGGGUAUGUAUAGGUGCAAAUGAUAAAAAAGAAGAGUUUAAUAUUUCUGAAAAUGGAAGGAUUGAAGGCCAUGUGGGUGUGCAAUUACAGGAGCAUUCCUAUCUUGAGAAGAGCAUGCUGUCUCCUAAGGAACUGUCACAGUCUGGUGUUAUCACCAAAGGUGAUGAAUUAGCUUUGACCACUACUCCAAAGAGAGGGAGACCUAAAGGUAACAUCUCACGGACAUGUUCACACUGUGGUCUUUUGGCCUCUAGUAUUACAAACUUGACUGUUCACAUUAGACGAAAACACAGUCACCAGUAUAGUUAUUUAUGCAAAGUGUGUAAGUAUUAUACUGUAACUAAAGGAGAUAUGGAACGUCAUUGUGCCACCAAGAAACAUAAAGGAAGGGUAGAAAUAGAAGCAAAUGGAAAAAAAAGUCUGGAUAUCAUUGUUGGCCCAGAAGGGGGUAAUCUUGAAGCCUGUAAAAAGAACAGCAGUUCCACAGUGAUCAUUUCACAUGAACAUGCUAACAAGUCAGCUGAGUCAGAUACUUCCAUUUUAGAAAAGCCAGUAGUACAUCAUGGAAAUUCAGGUGAAGUCGAAGUUGCAAAUGUUUUUCAUUCUGUAGAUGGGGAAGUUAACAGUCAUCUUACUGAUAAAAAGGAACAAAUCUCUCUAGAGCCAGAGGACCUUCUGUCACAGGGGGAUGCACAUUCCCAGAGAGAUGUUACAGGUCACAGUGACAAUAAAUGUAUACACUGUGAGUUUAAUGCUCACUCUUCUGCUUCUCUAGAGCUGCAUGUAAAACGAAAGCAUACAAAAGAGUUUGAGUUUUACUGCAUGGCAUGUCAUUACUAUGCAGUGACUCGUCGAGAGAUGACCAGGCAUGCAGCAACAGACAAACACAAAAUGAAAAGGCAGUCUUAUCUCAGCUCUUCUAAUGUAGAAGCAGGUUCUCCAGAAAUAUCCAAAAACAUUAUACCCGAAGAGGAGCAUCAACAAAAUUCUGAGGAUUUUCAGAUAAAUUCAGAUCAACCAUCUGAUACCCUUAAAUCUGGGAAUGCUGCUGAUUGUUCUAUUUUAGAUGAGAACACUAAUUUAGAUAUGCCAAAAGUACUCUGUGCUCCUGACUCCGUGGAGAUUGAGACUGAAGAAGAAUCUAAUUUCAGUGAAGAUCGUUCCUUUUGUGAGGCUUUCCAACAGCCUCCCAUCAAGGACAAAGUUAUGAAACCUGAGGAGAUGGUGGCCCUUAAUAUUUCCUCUAAUUACGGCUCCCCAAGCAGAUUUCGAAAUGAAAAUUCAGGAAGCUCAGUUUUGAAUUGUGAGACAGCAAAGAAGAACCACGACGUGUUGAAUGAUGUUGGUGAUCCAAACAUACGUUGUGUGAGCCAUGGAAGAACAGCAGGAGUUAGUGGAGGUAAAGUACUUCACAGACACAUGUGUCCUGGAGUUCUAGAUGGGGAGCGUUCAGAGAGCACUAACCCUGUUGUGAUGAGAAUUACAAGAGAGGAGCUAAGUCUGGAUUGCAGUGGUCAAAACAAAGUUAGACAUGCACAUAGUUCAGAGGAUUUGAAAAGUGUGCAAGAAGAUUCCGUUCUGGAGAAUAAGGAAAUACUGAUGAAUUCACAGCAUGAAGCUGAAAUUAUUUUGGAAGAGGAUGGCCCAACUUCUGAUAGCACAGUUGAGAGUAAUGAUGUUUAUGAAACUAUAAUCAAUAUUGAUGAUAAAGGGCAGGCCAUGUACAGUUUUGGCCGGUUUGAUUCUUCCAUAAUAAGAAUAAGGAACCCUGAAGAUGGUGAAUUGAUAGACCAGUCCGAAGAGGGCCUGAUAGCAACGGGAGUGAGAAUUAGUGAGUUGCCCUUGAAAGACUGUGCUCAAGAUGUGAAAAAGAAGAAACCUGAAGGCAGUUCCUUUGGCGAAUCCACACGAAUUCGUUGUGAUGAUUGUGGCUUCUUGGCAGAUGGACUGAGUGGUCUGAAUGUUCACAUAGCCAUGAAGCAUCCUACAAAGGAGAAACACUUUCAUUGUUUAUUGUGUGGAAAAUCAUUUUAUACCGAAAGCAACCUUCACCAGCAUUUGGCUAGUGCUGGUCAUAUGAGAAAUGAACAGGCCAGUGUAGAAGAGCUUCCGGAGGGAGGGGCCACCUUUAAAUGUGUCAAGUGUACAGAGCCCUUUGAUUCUGAACAGAAUUUAUUUCUACAUAUUAAAGGACAGCAUGAGGAAUUGCUGCGGGAGGUGAAUAAGUAUAUAGUGGAAGACACUGAGCAAAUCAACCGCGAGAGAGAGGAAAACCAGGGAAAUGUUUGCAAGUAUUGUGGGAAGAUGUGUCGAAGUAGCAACUCGAUGGCAUUUCUGGCUCACAUUCGCACUCAUACAGGAUCAAAACCAUUCAAGUGCAAGAUAUGCCAUUUUGCAACAGCUCAACUUGGAGAUGCCAGAAACCAUGUGAAAAGGCACCUUGGGAUGAGAGAAUACAAGUGUCAUGUCUGUGG